CUUAAAUUCUUCAUAGAGCUGAUAUUGGAAUAACAGUUCUCAUAGAGCGUAGCCUCAUAAAAGUUGAAAGGAACAACAAACUUCAAAUGCACAUUUUGUUACCAGACAUGGGAAGAGAAAUUAUUCCUCAACUAUGCCCAGAGAAACAGGGGAAGAAAAGUCGAUUGUGGUUGCAGGAUGACGUAAAAGAUGUACUGAAAGAGAAUACUGGGACAGAAGCUAUCCAGGGAUUGUCCCUGAAACUGCAUUCAACAAGCAGAGAUUGCUUCAAAACUCAUGCUUUCAAGGAAAUGAAGAAUUUAAGACUUCUACGACUAGAUCAUGUGCAAGUUGUUGGAGAUUAUGGGCACAUUUCUAAAGAAUGGAGAUGGAUUUGCUGGAAAGGAUUCGCUUCUAAAUACAUUCCAAACAACUUUUAUAUGGGAAAUGUAAUUGCAAUUGAUUUAAGACAUAGUCAUCUUCAACUCGUCUGGAAACAACCACUCUGGAAAAAACCCCAGGUUUUGGAGCGGUUAAAAUUCCUUAAUCUUAGUCACUCCAAAUACUUGAAAGAAACACCAGACUUUUCCAGACUACCAAGUCUUGAACAGCUCAUUCUAAAAGAUUGUCCAAGUUUGCGCAAGGUACACCAAUCCAUUGGUGAUCUCUCCAAUAUACUAGUAAUAAAUUUGAAGGAUUGCACAAGUCUAAGCUAUCUCUCCCAAGAGAUAUAUAAGUUGAGAUCUCUAAAAACUCUCAUCCUAUCUGGUUGUUCGAAGCUUGGCUCUAUAGAUAUAGCACAGGUGAAAUCCUUGGCAACUAUAAUUACUUAAAACACAACUGUGAAACAAGCGCCCUUUAAUCAAUUGUAAGCUAAAAGAAUAUCAGAUAUAAAUCCCAACGUGAAUUUGAAGGAUUGUUGGUAUAUAUUUGUUGGUAGACUACACUUUACGAGAAUAUUUGUUGCUUAAAACACUUAGCAUUUAUUUGUUGUUAGACUAAACUUUAGGAGAAUAAUAAGAAUCAAUUUGGGAAUCUCAAUUUGUUUUUUU